AGUCUCGUGUAGGGAGAGGUUACAAGUAAUACUGGAGAAACAGAACAAAGACAAAAUAAACUGUAUUGCUAUCUUCAGAAACACUACUUGGCUGAUUGUUGAUGUGUUUACCCUUUGCACCCAGGUGACCAUCCUCGGCAGGACAGCAUGGAUUUCAGUAAUGAAUGGGGUGAUCCCAAGAGCUGUAAGUGUGCAGAGAGACUAAAACCAUUGGAGCGCAGGGCAGCUCGACAACAUCAACGCUGUCUGGCACAUUCCCUAGUGGGCACACCGAAUUAUAUUGCACCAGAGGUGUUGCUCCGUACAGGUUACACCCAGCUGUGUGACUGGUGGAGUGUUGGUGUUAUUCUCUAUGAAAUGUUAGUAGGACAGCCUCCUUUCUUGGCACAAACUCCGCUGGAAACACAGAUCAAGGUCAUAAACUGGCAGACAACUCUUCACAUCCCACCCCAGGCUAAACUUAGCCCAGAGGCAUCCGAUCUCAUCAUCAAGCUUUGUCGAGGUCCAGAAGAUAGGCUUGGGAAGAAUGGCACAGAUGAAAUAAAAGCCCAUCCAUUUUUCAGACUCAUUGAUUUCUCCAGUGACAUCCGGCACCAAUCUGCUCCGUACAUGCCGAAGAUUACGCACCCAACAGAUACGUCCAAUUUUGAUCCUGUGGAUCCUGACAAGUUGUGGAGCGAUAGUAGCAAUGGAGAAAGUGUCAAUGACACACUCAAUGGCUGGUACCAGAAUGGGAAGCACCCAGAACAUGCAUUCUACGAGUUCACAUUCCGGAGGUUUUUUGAUGAUAAUGGUUACCCUUACAGCUACCCUAAGCCAUUGCAGUGUGAUUAUCUCAAUCCAGAAACACCUGAAUAUCAAGAAGAAAAUAACAGGGAAAACAUUGCAAUGGGGAAAGGGAGCCAAAAUAGAGAGCUGGUUUACGUAUGAAGUGAAAAUCAUUACUUUUUCUUAAAGCAGAGUGCCCCUCGUUUAAUUCCCAGGGACAGAUUUUAAUUUUUAUUCAUGCUUUCAAUUUUAGCUUAAGGGCUUACAGAAAGGUAUAUUUUGUAAGUAUUAAUUUAUUUCUACAUUGUAAUUUGAAGCCUGUAGCAGUUACACUUGAGUUAAUAGAAUGCUGGUUUGAGCACCUAACACUAGAGUUGAAUUCAGUUUCAUCAUGUGAUCAGUAGUCGAUCAGCAAAAUUGUAAUUGACUUUCUUCUUCACUUACACUAAGUCUUUAUGAUUACCUUAACUGCUCUGAUGUUCUUGGGGAGCUUUAUGUAGGUGAGUGCACAGUAGGUGCCUUUUUUCAUUAAAAGUUUAAAGGAGUCAUUUUGUGAGGCUCCAACCCCAGCAGAGAACCUUGCUUGAAGAGAAUACAGCCCAAGGUAGGAAUGCAAUGAAGUGGCUGACUCUAUAACCUGCACUUUGAAACAGUAAUGCUGUAUAUUGGAGGUGAGGAUAGAGAUUCAAUAAUACAGGGCUAAAUCUGUUUCUAUUUAACAAGACUGCAAACUGGAGUGAAUUUAGGGCUUUAACACUACAGGGCCCAUUCUGGGAUGUGCAUUCAGAGUGAGGGUAGGGUUAUAAUACUACAGGGCCUAUUUUAGAUACAUUUCUAGUCAGCCUAUUCAGUGAUGUUAUUACACACCUCCAGAGCAGGUGGGACUUGAACCCAGGCCUAUUGGCUCAGAGGUAGGGACAGUACCACUAUGCCCCAAGACCCUACAAAGGGCCCAUUCUAUACACUCAUUGUGAGUUGAGAGAGGUUACUUAACACAACAGGGCCCAUUCUGUGGCUCAUGCUCCUUUCCAGUCAAGUUGUCCCUGGGGUGUUGUGAACAUAUGUAUCUGAAGCCUACAAAAUGGUCUUUUAUGCUGUGCCUUAAAACAUCCUGCUUAGCUUUGACCAAAUAUGAAGAAAUUAGUUUGAUAUACUUUAUAUGAAAAUAAUUUUCUUUUAGAAGUGUGUAGAACACAGGUUAUUAGCUUUCUAUUUUUUCUAAUUUAUGCAUUGAAUUUAUUUAUAAAUUAUACAUGUAUAAACAUCUAAUUUGACUUCCAGUGACAUUAAAUCUAAGAUCAUUUUCAAAGUUAAUUGUUUUGCAAUCUGUUAACAUAACUGACAACAGUUUAGAUUUAAAUGAACCAAUCUUGCACCACCACCUGCAAAUUGCCUUUCAAGCUGCCUUGCAAUUCCCUUCUUAACAGCACUGUGGCCAUACCUUCUCAAGGAGAAUUAGGAAUGGAAAGUACAUGAUAGAUUUGCCGAUAACACAUAAGUAAGGUCAUCAAAUAAAAUUGCUUCUUCAAGAUUUAAAA